AUGAGUGUUAACUGGGUUACCCUUGAUAAUCAGCAGCGUCCUGUGCCUCUUCCAGGCGAGGAGUUUGUGUUUGAGCAAAACGAUUCGGAUGCACGUCUCUCGCUUUCGUGUAAAACAAUCGACAAAACACCUGGUGCGACCAUCGACUCUUCAGCUGGCGGACGUCUUUUUCUAAGCACCCAGCGACUUAUUUAUCUUGCAGAGUCGACUGACUCACGAUAUCAUAUUGAAGGAAAGGGUGAUGCGUUAUUUGACAAUCUAGCGGUGCCACUGAGUGGGUUCAAAGGUGCACGUCUUCACCAGCCUUGGAUCGGACCCAACGCCUGGGUGGGUGUAUUUGUCCCGACAAAUGGUGGGGGACUAAACCCUGAGCUGGCGAUGUGGGAGAUGAAGAUUAGUUUUGCGACCGGAGGAGCUUUGGAUUUUGCUCGAUUGUUUCAACGGGCACUUGAAGCUCGGACUCUACAACAGUCGCACAUUGAUGAGUUGCCUCAGUACACACCGAUAUGA